CACUUCACCCUCUCAAAACCUCGUGUCUUGUUUCCUCUCACUAGACACAGAAUCACAUCGCUCUCAAGUUCAACAAGAAAUUUAUAUAAGCGCACGCAUACAAGAAAACCGAUCCAAGAUGAGCAGACCUGGGGACUGGAACUGUAGAUCUUGCACCCACCUAAACUUCCAGCGCCGUGAUUCGUGCCAGCGAUGCGGCGACUUCCGCUCGGGAGCCAGUGGAGUCAGUGGCUUAGACUUUGGUGGUUUCGGCGGUAGAGCUAUGUCUGCUUUCGGAUUCACCACCGGCUCCGAUGUUCGUCCAGGUGACUGGUACUGCACCGUGGGAAGCUGCGGGACCCAUAACUUUGCUAGCCGCUCCACCUGCUUCAAAUGCGGCACUUUCAAGGACGAAUCCACCGGUGGGGGAGGCGGUGGCGUCGGCGGUCCCGCCGUGUUUGACACCGAACUUAUGCGGUCAAGAGUCUCCGGCAACGCUGGCCGCUCCAGCUGGAAAUCCGGCGACUGGAUUUGCACUAGGAUUGGUUGCAAUGAGCAUAACUUUGCAAGCAGAAUGGAAUGCUUCAGAUGCAAUGCACCAAGGGACUUCAGCAACGGAAGCUUUUUCUAAGUUAUACAAUAAUGCCGUUGAAAGUAGACUUGUUUCCACUUUCUUGGGCACCGUUUCAAUCAAUAGAAAAGGAUAAAGAGGAGCGAGAGAGAAUUAAAGAUGAUAAUUUUGUUAGGUGUUGCAAUGAGAGCCAAGGUUGUAACUUUAGAUGUCAUGUUUUGGAUGUAUUAUCCAUUUUGUUAUAUUUUCUUUUCUUCCUUAAUCCGUAAUUUUCUUUUGCAGUUUUUAAGAGUUUAAUUAUUCUAAUCAUUGUACGAUGCAUGUCUUUCUUAAAAGAAGAUUAUCUUCUCAAUUUCAUCGCUUUCUACAGAA